AUGGCCUCGGCAGAGGUUGAAUCACCUCGCGAUGGAGGCGCCCAAAGCCCGCCUCCUCGAGCACCACGAUCCCCUCGGCGCGAUCGCGAUCGCGACCGCGCCUUCAAACGCGACGAACGCCGUCCCCGUGAUGGCGGCGACAAGUACCGACCCGCGCCCCGAGAGCGCACGCCUCCUCCCGUCAAGACGGAGGAGGAGAAGCAGGCGAUAGCCAAGGCCGAAUACGAAAAACUCCUGACGAUGCGAUCCGGCGGCACAUACAUCCCGCCUGCCCGACUCCGCGCUCUGCAGGCCCAGAUUACCGACAAGUCGAGCAAGGAAUACCAGCGCCUCAUGUGGGAGGCCUUGAAGAAGUCCAUCAACGGCCUGAUCAACAAGGUCAACUACUCGAACAUCAAGCACAUUGUCCCCGAGCUCUUUGGCGAGAACCUCAUCAAGGGCCGCGGCCUGUUCUGCCGCAGCAUGAUGAAGGCGCAGGCGGCGUCUCUGCCCUUCACGCCCGUGUUCGCCGCCAUGGCCGCCAUUGUCAACACCAAGCUGCCUGCCGUCGGCGAGCUUCUCGUCAAGCGCCUCAUCAUGUCCUUCCGCAAGGGCUUCAAGCGUAGCGACAAGGCCGUCUGCGUGUCCAGCACGACCUUCCUCGCGCACCUCAUCAACCAGCAAGUCGCCCACGAGAUGCUCGCCGGCCAGAUGCUCCUGCUGCUGCUGCACAAGCCGACCGACGACAGUGUGGAGAUUGCCGUCAACUUCAUGCGCGAGGUGGGGCAACAUCUCCAAGAAAUGCAGCCAGCUAUUGCGUUGGCCGUGUGGGACCAGCUGCGGAACGUCUUGCACGAGGCAGACAUCGACAAGCGUGUGCAGUACAUGGUUGAGGUGCUCUUCCAGGUGCGCAAGGACAGCUUCAAGGACAACCCACCCAUCAAGGACGAGCUCGACUUGGUGGAGGAGGAGGAUCAGAUCACGCACCGCGUCGACCUCGACGGCGAGAUUGACGUCCAGGACGGUCUGAACAUCUUCAAGUAUGACCCGGAGUGGGAAGAGCACGAGCAAGCCUACCAGAAGCUCAAAGCCGAGAUCCUUGGCGAGGGCAGUGAUUACGAGGACGAUGAUGACGAAGACGAUGAGAGCUCCGAGGAAGAAGACAAUGAAGAGCAGAAGGCCAUGGAGAUCAAGGACCAGUCCAAUACCGACCUGGUCAACCUGCGACGAACAAUCUACCUCACGGUCAUGUCGUCCAUCGACCCCGAAGAAGCGGUGCACAAGCUGCUUCGGAUCAAUUUGCCGGCUGGCCAAGAACCGGAACUGCCAUCCAUGAUUGUCGAAAUCUGUUCGCAGGAGAAGAACUUUACCAAGUUCCACGGGCUCAUUGGCGAACGUUUUGCAAAGCUCAACCGAUUGUGGACGGGUCUUUUCGAAGACUCCUUCAUCGACUACUACAACAAGAUUCAUCGCUAUGAGACGAACCGUCUGCGCAACAUUGCCAUGUUCUUCUCAAGCCUGCUGGCAAGCGAUGCGAUCGGAUGGCACGUACUUUCUGCGAUUCAUCUGAACGAAGAAGAGACGACAAGUUCUAGCCGUAUCUUCAUCAAGAUCCUGUUCCAACACCUUGCUGAGGAGCUCGGCAUGCCGAAGUUGCAGGCGCGCACAAAGGAUGAGAUGCUGCAGCCCAGUCUGUCAGGCAUCUUCCCGCGCGACAAUGCCCGCAACAUCAGGUUCUCCAUCAACUACUUCACCAGUAUCGGCAUGGGUGCGCUCACGGAAGACAUGCGAGAGUAUCUCCAAAACAUGCCCAAGCCAGCACUCCCAGCCCCGGUGGCCGAUGACUCGGACUCGGACUCUGUCUCGAGCUACUCAUCCUACACUGGCUCUUCGUACUCUCGGUCGAGGUCACGCACACCUCCUCGCCGCGCCAUCGACCGCGGCCGCUCGUACUCGCGAUCCCGAUCGCCUGAAUCUCGAAGCGGCAGGAAGCGAUCGCACAGCCGCGGCAACAGCUCUUCCCGUUCGCGCUCUUAUACGCGCUCUCCUUCUCCUCCCGGCCGCCGCGCACGUCGCAACGACUCGUACUCCCGCAGUCCUUCGCCCAAGCGCGGACGCCGCCAAUCCAGCUACUCCCGCUCCCCAUCCCCCGCGCCUCGCGACCGUAGCCUCACGCGGUCCCCGCCACCUGCGCGCCGCAGACGCAACAGCUCCUCUGUCAGCAGAUCCCGCUCUCCCGCCCCCAAGCGGGCCGCAGCGCGCGAGCCCGCUCGCUCACUCAGCCCCUAUUCGCGCAGGGCAGCUGGUCUCGCCGCUCGCCCCCGCAGCCCCCCGGCUCGCGAACCCGCUCGUCGUGAGCCACCUCGUCGCGAGCCCUCUCGUUCGCUCAGCCCCUAUUCCCGCCGGGCAGCCGGUCUAGUCGGUCGGGCCCGCAGUCCCCCGCCCGCCCGCGUCCCACCCCCACCACCAGGCCGCCGAAGGGAAAGCUCCGCGGGCGGCAGCGCACCACGGAAGAAACCCCGCUACGACAGCCGCAGCCGCAGCCGCAGCCGCGCAGGAGCCGUUCGCCCUCGCCCCGCCGCCCGCGUCCCGCAGCAGACAGCCGCUCGCCCUCGCCUGGGCCGCCCCGACGCGCGGCGGAUAGUCGAUCACCCCUCGCCCCCGCCGGCCAAGGGUUCCCGCAGCGGUCGGCAGGGUUCGUACGUCUCGCGGUCCCCGUCGCCUGCGCCCCGUCGAGGCGGCGGCGGCGGAGGCUCCGCUCGCGGCAGGUCGCGAUCCCCCGGUGUCUCCGGCGGCGCCGCCCCGAAGCGCAGACUGCACAGCGAGUCCAUCUCCCGCUCGAGAAGCCCGCCGCCCCCGAAACGAGGACGCAGGUAA